UCUUGCAUGUAUUUAUUUUGACAUUAUUAACCACUCAGAGGACGGAGCGUGCACUCAAAGUCUUUAAAAACCCAUGUGGGUGCCCGCCUCCACCUCCUGCCAUUCAACCACAGUUCAAUUCAACGAGAGGAACAACAUGAGAUGUGUCGCCUUCACCGAACACGGCGAGAAAAGGUAUAUUUGAGCUCAGAGCUUCACAAUGUGUUCAAUCCCCGGGCUGCCAACGCCUGGAUCAGAGGUACCGGUUCUCAUCAUGAGGGUAAACCUAAACCCCAGUUGUGGUCUGGUGGAAUUAUGGGUGAACAUGGAUGAUGGAAGGAAGCAUAUUUAUGAACAGAUGAAAGAGGAAAUUCAGAUCCCUAAAAGGGUAUUUUAUGCAUCUGAAGGAGAUCCAGGGGACCUUUGUCUGGUUUGCAUCAGUGACACCUGGCACAGAGCUCGGAUUGUAUCGAUUCAAAGUGAAACUUACGAUGUUUUUCUAAUCGACCAAGGACAGCCCCACACCGCCACAAGUGAAGCUUUAGCAUGGGCCCACAGUGACAGUUUUCUCCUUUCUCCUGAAAUUGAAUCUUGCAUACUUGCAAAUAUUGUGUCCCUUGAGGACAACUGGCCAGAAAAAGCCACAAAGUUUUUGAACUCUCUACCUGGCAAGACGUUUAAGGGACUGGUUAAACAUGUACUGAUGCCGGACAGGACAAUUCUCCUUGACAUACCAACUGUUUCCAAGCACAUGUGUAAGUUUGGAGUUGCCAAGAGGAUCCCAGGGGAUGAGUUUAAAUCCCUUGUACUGAAAUGUCUACAUCUACCCAAAGGAGAGGCCUCUGAGGCCUACAGUAUAACACCGGAACAGAAUUUGAAUGUUAGUUGGCAACUUGAGAAGCAUGACCAGUACUUUUAUGCCGAAUUGUUAACUAAUACGCUUGAAACUGUUAUUGUGACAGAGGUGAUUGAUCCACAGAACAUUUUUUGCAAACUUCAAAUUUUUUCCAAAGCAGUGAAGAUGGUAUCAGAACAGAUCCACCAGGACUAUGAAGAGAGUUCAGAUUUUGGAGAAGUGCAACCACGGGCCUGUGGAUAUCCAUGUGCUGCUAGAGGCACAAACGGCAGAUGGCAUCGCUCGUUACUAAAACAAAACAUAGGGACUGACGACACUGCUGUAAAAGUUUUGCAUGUGGAUGAAGGAAAAACUGAAUUAGUCCCAGUUGGAGACAUCAGACCACUGCACGAAAAGUUCCUGAGGAUGCCAGUUGUCACAUAUCUCUGUUCUCUUGAUGAACCAGGUGCUGGUGAUGGAACAGGUGAUGGCACAGGACUUACUACAGACCAGACUGAUUACUUGAAAUCACUUCUCCUGAACCAGACAGUUGUGGCCAGGUUUGACCACUACAAUAUAUCUCAGAAUGUUUAUUAUGUUACACUCUAUGCAGCUAAUGCUGCAUGCAUAAACAACUCUUUUUUAGAGAAGGCAGGACUUUCUCCACCCUCUAAGACUGAACAAGAUUCAGAUGUUCAGAAUGGAUCCAGUCCUGCAACAUCUCUCAGUUCACUUGGAGACAAACAAUCCAUGGAUUUACAGAACAAAAUCAAUGUAAAUGUUGAAGAUUUACAAAAGGAACCUUUGCCAAGCACCAAAAACCUAGAGGUCAAUCAGAGGACUGAUGAUGUGCCCACUUCUGACACUGAUGAUAUUCACAUUAAAGGGUGCUCAGAACAUCCAGACCCUCUAAUACACAACAAUGGAAAUCUUUCAACAGGUUUCCCCUCUGAGGUGUACAAUACUUGUGAUGAUGAUAUGUUUGCUGUGGGAAGAAGUGUUGAUGUAAAAGUAUCUUGCAUUGAAAGUCUACAGAAAUUCUGGUGUCAACCAACAGAAAAUGGUGACUCUCUUAGACUUCUUAUGCAAGACUUGCAAAACCACUACACAUCUGCCGACCCUAAACCCCUUGUUGAGUCCAUCUGUGUUGCCCGUAAUCCAGACAAUGGCAUAUGGUACAGAGCAAGGAUCAUUGCAAGUCAAAACUCUCCUGUUGUAGAUGUGAGAUUUAUAGACUAUGGUCAAACUCGAAAGGUCCCUCUGCAAGAUGUGCGCCCCAUUGAUCCAGCUUUCUUACGACUAAAUGCCCAGGCUUUUCAGUGCUGCUUGUUCAAUCUGGAGAACUCCACCGAUCCCAUGGCUGUCACUUGGACUGAUGCUGCAGUAGCAGAGUUUCAGAAAUUUGUGGAUCCAGGUUCAAACAUCGGGUUGAAAUGUGCUGUAAAAGCUGUCAUGUCUGAUGAAGAAGGUCUGCUGCUUAAUGUGGUAGAUAUUGAGAGAUCAUGUGACAGUGCAUGCAAGCAUCUGGCUGAGAAAUGUGAAGUUCAGGAACAAACUCCUCCACAGGUCAUAUCAGAGACAUACAAUCAUUCCUCUUACAAUAUUGAGGUGGGGGAAAAAGAAAAAGUGUGGGUAACCUCUUCAGAGAAUGUCGGUCACUUCCACUGCCAUCUGAACAGAAAUUCUCAUUUGUUUGACAAAGUGAUGGAAAAUGUUCAGCAACUAAUUGGCCAGCCACAGAGCACAGAGCAUCCACUUGGACUUAAUAGCAUUUGCCUUGCAAGAUACACUGAUAAUCACUGGUACAGAGGCCAAAUAGUAGAAAUGUCUCCAAGACUUAAAGUCCACUUCGUGGACUAUGGUGAUACACUUGCAGUUAAUGAGUCUGAUGUCUGCCCCUUUCCCUCUGAGGGAAGUUUUGCCAGGUCUGUUCCUGUGCAAGCGAUUCCCCUUGGACUGUUUGAUGUCCCAGAAGAAGUGCCACAGGAAGUUAACCAGUGGUUUGCAGAUCAUGCCAUUGGCCACACUUUCACCAUUUCAGUGGUAGCAAAAGGGGAAAAGGGGAAGCUAAUUGUUGAACUGUUUGAUCGAUCCCUGAAUGUAAAUAUGAAAGUCAGAGAGAGGGUAUUAAAGAUGGCACGACAACAGAUGACUGGUCUCAAUCAACAGACUGAGCAGCAAUUCUCCAACAGCUCACAACAGGCUAAUGUGCCAAGUGAAGAGUGUUUAACCCAAGAGGUCAUGAGUGUGUCAGGAUUAACAGAGAUAACAGAGGAAAAUGAAGUCCAAAGCAGCAAAGAAAUGAGUGCUAGAGAUGAGCUGAAGGUGACUUCACAAUCUGAAACAGAGAAUGAACAUGGAGAGACUCCAGAUGAAAGACAACAACUGACUUCAGAUGUCCUUCUUAAGGACAAAGAAAGUGUGUUGGCAAAGACUUCCAUACAAGGUGGUCACAGUGACUCAGGAAUAACACAACACUCCCCUCCUUCUCGCCCUGAGGGAAGCAUUAACAUCUGCAUGUACAAGUGGCCAAACAUUUCUCAAAACAAGACAGAGGAGGUAUAUGCCUCCUGUAUUGUUGGACCGCAUUAUUUUUGGUGUCAGUACGCCAACACUGAAGACCUGGACAUGGUGUCAGUGCUUACUCAGGAAGCAGGGCAGAUACAGCAGGAUAUUAUGUUCCCAGAGACUCUUUGUCCUGGCAGUCCCUGCCUUGCUCUCUUCUCCAGUGACAAUCAGUGGUAUCGAGCUCAAGUAAUUCAGAGAACUGGCAAUACUCUCAAUGUUCUGUUUAUUGACUUUGGAAAUGAGUCUGACGUUGACAUCAAGAAUGUGAGAACAAUGCCUCAAAGUCUGCUGGAUAAGGCUCCUCAGGCCUUUUUGUGCUCUUUGUAUGGAUUUGAUGACUCCAAGGGCUCCUGGGACGACAACGUUUAUGAUGAUUUCUACAACCUCUUGGUUGAUAAACCACUCAGAGUGACAGCGUUCAACAUGGAGGAUAAUUCUGAGGCUGCAGUUCCUCAAUAUGCAGUGGAAGUUGAAAAUGAGGGAAUGGUUGUGAAUACACUGAUUGAGAAAUACUGGAACCUAUUUUCCACUGAGCAUGCAAAGACUGAAAUGGCUCAAUCAGAAACUAUCCUACAAAGUGGUCAAACUGAGUUGAAUAUGACACAACUCAAUGUUUCCACUGGAAAUGUGAAUACUUGUGUGUACAAGAAGCCAGACAUCUCCAAAAAUGACACAGUGGAAGUAUAUGCCUCUUGCAUUGUGGAGCCUCAUUUCUUCUGGUGUCAAUACGCCAACACUGAAGAUAUCAACAAACUGUCAGAACUUGCUGAGGAAGCAGGACAGGCACAGCAGGACAUGAUGUUCGCAGAGACUCUUGGACCUGGCAGCACAUGUCUUGCUCUCUUUUCCAGUGACAAUCAGUGGUAUCGAGCUCAGGUUAUUCAAAGAACUGAUGAUACCCUUCAUGUUAUGUUUAUUGACUAUGGAAAUGAGUCUGAUGUUGACAUCAAGAAUGUGAGAUCACUGCCUCAGAGUCUGCUGAAUGUAACUCCUCAGGCCUUUUUGUGUUCUUUGAAUGGAUUUGAUACAUCUAAGGGCUCCUGGGACGACAACGUUUAUGAUGAUUUCUACAAUCUCUUGGUUGAUAAACCACUCCAAGUGACAGUGUUCAACGUGGAGGAUAAUUCAGAGAUUGCACUUCCUCAGUAUGCAGUGCAAAUUGAGUGUGAAAAUGUGGUUGUAAAUUAUGCAAUGCAGAAAUAUUGGAAACCUGUUGCCACAGAACAUGUCGUGACAGACAGCCCUAAAACAGAAAACUCGCUCCAAGGUGGUCAAACUGAGUCCAACCUGACACACCUUGUCUCCAAAGGAAAUGCAAAUGCUUCCAUGUACAUGAAACCAAAAAUGUCCAUGAACCAGACAGAGAGUGUAUAUGCCACUUGUAUUGUGGAGCCUUAUUUCUUCUGGUGCCAAUAUGCCAACACUGAAGAUAUCAACAAAUUGUCAGAGCUUACUCAGGAAGCAGGACAGGCACAGCAGGACAUGAUGUUUGAAGAGACUCUUGGUCCUGGAAGUCCAUGCCUUGCUCUCUUUUCCAGUGACAAUCAGUGGUAUCGAGCUCAAGUAAUUCAGAGAACUGGCAAUACUCUCAAUGUUCUGUUUAUUGACUAUGGAAAUGAAUCUUAUGUUGACAUCAGCAAUGUGAGAUCACUGCCUCAGAGUCUGCUGGAUACGGCUCCGCAGGCCUUUUUAUGCUCUUUAAGUGGAUUUGAUGAGUCCAAGGGGUCCUGGGAUGAUCAAGUUUAUGAGGACUUCUACAAUCUUCUGGUUGAUAAAGCACUCAGCGUGACAGUGUUCAGUGUGAAGGAUCAUUCAGAGAUUACAGCUCCUCAGUAUGCAGUGGAAGUUAAGUGUGAUGGACUGGUUGUGAAUACACUGAUGAAGAAAUAUUGGAAAAGACUGGAUACAGAUCACACCUUGGCAGAAAGUCUGGAAUCAGUGGCCCAGGAUGAAACUGGGACCAUGGAUGAGAGUGAUGAGGUUUAAAAUGAUGAAAAAUUUGUCAAAUGAAGGGUAGGACUUGAUUUAUUUUUCCUCAUCCAAUUAGUCCUUCACAAAGACAGUGGG